GUGACGUUGGCUGGAAUCAAUAAACUUCCGGCGUGACGCUCUCCAAUUCCUCUUCCACCGGUCCGAGUCAAGAUGGGUCGUGUCAGGACUAAGACGGUAAAAAAGGCCGCCAGGGUCAUCAUCGAGAAGUACUACACUCGCCUGGGCAGUGACUUCCACACCAACAAGAGAGUGUGUGAGGAGAUCGCCAUCAUUCCCAGCAAACCGCUGCGCAACAAAAUUGCCGGCUACGUUACGCACUUGAUGAAAAGAAUCCAGCGCGGUCCAGUCAGAGGAAUCUCCAUCAAGCUGCAGGAGGAGGAGAGGGAGAGGAGGGACAACUACGUCCCGGAGAUUUCUGCGUUGGACCAGGAGCUCAUCGAAGUGGACCCAGACACCAAGGAGAUGCUCAAGAUGCUGGAAUUCGGCGGACUCUCAAACCUCCAGGUCACUCAGCCAACGGUUGGGAUGAACUUCAAAACUCCCCGAGGAUUGUAGACUCAUUUGUAUUGUUCCUCUUAAUAAAAAGACCUGAUCAGUAAAACCA